ACAAUCUCAACAAGGUUUAGGUCAAGAAGUUGAUAAUUUUAACAUUUCAAAUCCAACUCUACAUAAAGGUAAGGGACGUCCUGCACAUAAGAGAUACUUGUCCGCAAUUGAGGACCAUAGCAAUAAACGUGUUUGUCCCAGCAUUCAAGAUGAAAUAUCAGAAUUGGGGUCAAAAAGGAAAAAUAA